UUCAGAGUGAAACUUUUCCUCGAGCGUCCUUCGGUUUGUUUGUUGUCCAGAAAAGCUGAAAAGACUCGCGCAUCCCAGCCAGGAGACGCCUAAUUGUCAUGGAAAUUAGACAACACUCACAGACUCGUCCUCUGAAGGUUGCGCUGCUAUUGAAGAGCGCUCAUAUGGAUUUGGCAUCAAACACCGAGUAGUGUGAUAUCCCAUGGGGGUGGUUACCAUCAUGGCCCCAGACUCAUCCUUGCAACCUCAAGCCCUGCCCCCUCCUUCAGGCAAGCCAUGUAGCAGCAGCCCUGUGCUUGGUCACAGCUUGGCGGUGGGUCUCAAACCUCGAGGGAAACACUAUGUGUGUGGCUCGGUUGCUGCUUUUACUAACAUCCUCAUCACCUUCCCCAUCCAGAAGGUGCUGUUCCGGCAACAGCUGCAUGGCCUGCGAGCCACCGAGGCAGUACGUCAGCUUCAAAAAGAAGGUUUACGAACCCUGUACCGUGGUCUGCUGCCUCCACUGUUGCAGAAAACCAUUACAGUAGCUCUCAUGUUUGGCCUAUACGAGGACUUUUCACGGCUGCUUUUAGAUCACGGUGGGUCUUGCGGCGCUCCCGAAAUUCUCACGCGCAGUGCAGCGGCGUUUCUGGCCGGCACGGCUGAGGCAGCCCUGACCCCAUUUGAGCGUGUGCAGACACUGCUUCAGGAUCACCGACACGCAGGGCGCUUCCGCAACACGGCACAUGCUUUUGGCACGCUGCUACGUGAGCAUGGAGUGAGCGAGUGCUACCGUGGCCUGAUUCCUGUGCUGCUGCGCAACGGGCCCAGCAACAUGCUUUUCUUCGGACUGCGUGGUCCACUCAGGCGACAGCUGCCUGAAGCCCAUACCCACGCUGGGCACAUGGUGAACGACUUUGUGUGCGGCGGGCUGCUGGGAGCCGGACUUGGCGUCCUCUUCUAUCCGCUGAAUGUGAUGAAGUCCCGGGCACAGGCGCAGGUCGGAGGUGCGUUCGUGCCCUGCACCCAGGUGCUCCUGACAGUGUGGAGGGAGCGGGGCAGAAGAGUGGUGAUGCUGUUCCGUGGUGCGACUCUCAACUACCACCGCUCAUUGCUAUCAUGGGGCAUCAUUAACGCAACAUACGAAAUGCUGCUUAAAGUCAUAUGAGGAGGAGGCGAGGCAUGAGGAGAGAAGGGAGCAAGGAACGCUCAUGCAGGAUGCUUCUCAUCAGAGCUGACGAUAUUUCUUCUUUGCCACAGCACAGUUUUGGAGUUCGAGGGCACUGCCAUUUCCUUUUGUAUUCACUCACAGAUUUAACAGGGAUAUGUUUAUAAAGAAAGAAAGCUAAUCUUGUUCUGUUCCCUGAAAUGUUCAUUCACGUUUUGUCAAAAUUCGAUAGAACAACCACUGCCCCCUUGUACCCUCAUUGGGAAGUGGCUUAUAUGGCUUGGAGAUGGGACUCAAGAUUAAGUGUUACAUGAUAUGAACAGCAUUAUCUAUGGAAAAACUUGUGAUUAUUUGUAUUGACCCUAAUUAAACACACACUUUGUUGCUUGGACCAGA